AUGUAUUUGAAACAGAGAAAUUCCAUUUUGGAAUUUACCUAUAUCUCCAUUUCUUUUUGUGCAGCUAAAAAUAAAAAAAGAAUUUAUUGGGAAUAUAAAAUUAUUUUAAAAAAUUAUUUCAGUACCUUAUCAACAAUUACUUCUGUUUAUGUUGCUUCAGCGGCUGCUGGAAGUCAAGUCCCUAUGUUUGAAAAGAUUCGUGCUUUAGCUAUGUCCCCACACGGAAUUUGGUUAGUAACUGCACAUUCUUCUUUAUUACAACUUUGGCAUAAUGGGCAAUGUGAAAUGCUUUUUGAUAUUAGAUAUGACCAUAGUAAUAGAACACCCUCUUUUGAUGAACAUGACGAAUUACUAGAUCAAGUAGAAGUUUGUUCUAUUCUUUUCCAUUCUGAUGAACUUUGGGUUGGAACUAUAGAUGGUUAUUUAAUGCUUUAUAAAGUUAAUUUAAAUGAAAAUAAUGAAGGAACAAAAUUGUCAACAACACGAUUUCGUUCAUCUAUUAGAAGAUAUCAACCAGGCAAACGUUUAUCAGCAGUCCAUGGUUUAGCUCAACAAUUGCCAGUUAAUGGCCGUCAACAAACUUAUUAUAUUCCAACAGAAAAUGAAAAACGCGUCGAAGAAAGGAACAGUUCAAUGGAAUGUAUGUCUAUGGAAGGACAAUUUUCUCGAAAAAUUUCUGUUAAAAUUGAUAAACAUACGAGGAAAUAUAGCAUUAAUGUUUUAACUUUAAAAGAAAAUAUAGAAUUAACAUCACCCCCACCAAUUACUGAACCUUGUAAACUUGUAAAGGGGGAUAGUUCUUCAAAUUGUUCAGAAACACAUCAAAAAGUGACAAAAAAAUUUUCUUUUCCUGUAAAAAAGCCUUUAUGUGGACAACAAAGUGUUGAUUCAGCACUUACUUCAAUUUUAACAAAGAAAGAUUCCCCUUCUAAUUUUACACCAACUCGCCGCCGCAGUAAACUUUUUGAGCCUUUACAACAAAAACAACAAAAAUUUUUGUUUGAUGACAUUCCAUCCUCAAAUGAAGCUGCAAACUCUUCAAAUGAAGAAGGAGAAGAAGAAGAAGAACAAGAAGAAUUAGUUGAAGAAGAAUCUUUAAAGGAAGAAGAAAAGGAUGAAGAAGAAUAUCGGCGUAAACAACAAUUUGCUAGAUUAAUUCAAAUAAAUAAUACUUGGCGUAAAAUGUCUGCAAGUUUUUGUGCUAGUACUGCCCUUCCAAAACAAUCGUCUUCCUCAAUUGAUAAAAGACGAUAUUCCUGUACUUCUUCAACAUCUACAAACACAAAUGGAGUUAAUAAUAUACAAGAAAGAGCUUUGCGUAUACGAAGAAAGGAUUUGGACUUUGAAGAGCCCCCAACAGUUUUGUUGGCUGUUAAAGAAGGAGAACAAUUACCAACAACAUUAAAUCGACAAAAUUCUUUAUCUAAAUUUAUCCAAAAUACUAAUAUUACCCAAAAGAUAGGUUCACCUCCAGGUUCAACAGCAACAACAACAAUGCUUGAUACUACAGAAAUAAAAAGUUCCCUUUUAAUGACUUUACAAAUGAAAUUAAAAGUAGCUGAUAAACCAAUUCGCUGUAUUGCUUUGGGUUCGGAUAAUAAUGGGAGAGAUGUUGUGUUGACUGGAGCUGGAGAGUAUGGGGAUGAAGAAGCACUUUUACGUUGGAGACGUGAUCCUAAUAAUGCUCUUUGGAUUAAUGAUCCGCUUGUGGAUAUUGGGGCACAGGGCCGAAGGCGAAAUGGAAUUCCCUCUCCAACAUCAAAUAAUUAA